UCUUGUUAUCAAAUUUUGAUAGCUGAAAAUAACACUUAAUGAGAUUAUAUCUGUAAAAAUAAUUUAUGAAAAUAAAUUAUUGAAUAGUUUUUGUAGUACAAAAAUUGUACUAAAAUCAAUUGUUUUCUGAUUAACAAGGUAGAAAGAACCUUUAAAUUAGUAUUUAUAUAAUUAUUUUAAUAUUUUACAUAAAAGUUAUAAAGUGAAUAUAAAAGAAUGUAAAAAAAAUUCUUUAUUCGCGAGUAUUGAUAUAAGAAAAAUAUGAGUAGCGUUCCAGAGUUAAUCGAGUGCGACUCAAACUCCGGAAAUCUGCGUAGGCGUUGCGAUUCGGCAAAAACGACGUGGUUUUUCCUUCUUAUCAACGGCUAUCGGAGCGUCGACACCUUAGCCGAGAUUAGAUACUGCGUACAGUGUAUUAUAAGCUGCCUUAAUGACUGCCGUUUGUCCGGAGCGAGGUGUCGCGGAGUUGCUUUAGCGAAUCUCUGUCAUUUCAAGUGUUGUUCUUUGCAUAAGUUUACACGCGUUGAGCUUCGCGCCCGAGCGCGACAGCGAAGAGAAAUGCCACUCGUCGAGCGACUGCGUCUCGACGAAAUUAUCACUUCGUAUCCGGAGCUCGGACCGACAGCUCCAGAUGGCGGAUACUCGUGGUUGAUUCUCUUAGGUGUUGCCUUCAUUCAGAUCACUGUGCCCAGCGUCCUGUCGAUGUACGGCAUAGUGCGAGGAUAUUUGGUCACCAACAGUUCACCCCUUUACUUCAAUUUAUGGAACGAGGUCACCCUGGCACCUUUACUGUUCGUCGCUUUUUGGAGUUUAGCAGAUCCGUGGACCAAGACUAUCACGGAUUUGGCGUCGGUACCCCGAUUGGUCGGCCUCAUCGGCGUGGCUCUUCUCACGAUAGGUGUCAUAGCUUCCGGAUAUCUGGCGACCGGUGGUGUGGGCGCGUAUUUGGCCGGUCUCAGCGCCGGUGCGGUAAUGGGCAUAGGAGCGAGUUUCGUUAUCGUCGAGAGCGAGACCGUACUGCGGAGGCACUUCAGAGUGCGAUUGCCAUUGGCACUGACAUUGAAGAACAUUGCCAUGUCCAUCGGUUUCACCCUCGUACCAGCGCUCACGCAUUUUCUACUCGUGGAGACUGACUUGAAGGACGGACUCCUACUGAUGACGAUCGCCUUCAUCCCUACCGCCCUGGGCACUCUGACUCUGCGUUUUCCAACUCCACAGCGAGCGUCUCCUUAUAGGUUGCUUCUGGCCGAUGAGGAUAAUGAAUUGGGCAUCAGAUUGUCUCCGGACAGAGAGUCGGAGUCGGAACGCCGCGAUAACGGCACGGACAACGUCGGUUAUGACAAGCAGGAUCGAAAUGCCGCGCCUCUUUUCAACGAGGUGAACAGCAUCUACGCGUAUCAGGAGCCGGACGAGGACGUCGAGCUCUUCGUCAGCCCGACCGUACGAUCGGGUGGCAAGUGGAGGCAGGAGUUUCGCGUGGCUCGCUAUUUCAGAUUCUGGGCAGCCGUGGUGACGUGGACCGGGAUUAGGGCCGGUUCGCUCUUCUUCUGGAUCCUGGUGCCCGCCUUGUUCCUGCAGCGAGGGAAGUCGGUUUACCGUACGGAUGACUGGGUGACAUUGCUGGUGGCCGCCGGUGUCGGCUCUUUCGUGCCCAGCAUCGCUAGCUACUGGUCCACCGUCACCAAUGCUCAGUACAGAAGAAUAUACUUUGGUGCCGCCUGUUGGCUCGGCAGCGUUAUCUUGUUAAGUUUAACUUAUACAUAUGACUACCACUGGUUUCUAACGUGGUCGCUGCUCGGCGGAGUUGACAUCAGUAGUCUGCUCGUCUGCCAAGACCUGACGCUCUGCGACGUGUUGGGAAAUCAGUUUGCGCAUCGCUCGCAUAGAUUGUUCUCCACCAUUGUCGGAUUGGGUGUGCUGGCCUUCUGCUUCGUGCAUAGUGAAAACGCGUGUCUUCGCGUGGUCGCGUUGUUGCAGUUCCUCGGGGGAUGCUACUGGAUCGUGCCGCCCGUUUGGGAAAUCGUACGAGCACGUAGGCUCAGAGAGGGUUAACAAAAAUCAUUACAAAACCCAUCGCGGAAAUAUUUACAGAUCGUUAACAUCGAUAAUAAAAAUUGCCGCUUAUAAAACAAGUGUUUAAUUUAGCAUAUUAAAAUGUUUUCAUUUCCGUCUCCGUUUCUUAAAUACUUGAAAAUGUUUAAAGCUGCAAAAGAUUUUACUUUUAAACGUUUUAGUGUUUUAAAUCGAAACACCGUUUAAAACAAAAAACAUUUCUUUAAGUAUUUAAAAAACGGAUAUAAAACAUUUCUUAAUAUCUUAAAAUAAAACUCGUCUUUUUUUAAUACAACGAUUAAUUCCUUAAACACCUUUAAACAGUAGAAGAAAUAUCUUACGAAUCGUGAAAGUAGAUACUCCGUGUGAUGCUCCGUGUAAUGCGAGGUGUAUAAACUGAAAAUAAGUGAUUACUUGAUGUCCUUCAUGUCGAUCCGUGAAUUACACAGCUGACUUUGGAUUGUCAAGAAUGUAAGGCAAUAUAUCGCACGCGACAAAGUCAUCGCCGGAUUUUGCGUUUCUUAUAAUCUGAAUGGAGGAACGGUCGAACGAGUAUUUCUAUAUUACACGAUUGUUUAUACGUGCGUGAUCACAAUAAAGUGUAGUGAAACCUUUAUUAAAAUAUCUUUCUUAAUCGUCGACAUUAUUAACAAUGCACAUCAUGGUAUUAUCACACUGAUCACUGUCUUACUUUAUUGACAUAUUUAUUCUAUUAUUUAUAUUUAUAUCCUGCGAAUAUCUUCUUGUAGGCUUAGAAUACACACGAUCGUAUUUCUCAAUCUAAAUAUCAGUUAUACGUUAUCAGUAUACAUCUAAUAUGCGUUUUUAUUUUGGAUACACCAAAAAAUAGAUAGAAAUAUAUAUCACAAGAUAAUUGCAAGAUAAACGGAAUGAACGGAUAUCCCGUGGCAUCUUGCACGCUAUUUUCCCUUGAGAAGCGUAACAUAAAAAAUUUAAAAUUUAUAUGCACGUCUUCUGAUUAAAUCUAAUUGAUAAUCAGUUAUCGUAUUACGGCUAAGUAAAAUAAAAUAAUGAUCAUUAA